AUGGCAUCUAAACGAAGGCUCGACCCGCUUUUACCUAACUCUUUUAAGCAUAAAUAUUCUUUUGUUAAUGGAAUUAUUUAUCAUUAUGUUGAUGAGGGACCUGAGCUAGCACCAACCCUGGUUCUCUGUCACGGAUUCCCUGAUUUAUGGUAUGGAUGGAGAUAUCAGAUACCCUUCUUGGUUGACAAGGGAUAUCGCGUCAUUGUUCCUGAUCUAAGAGGUUAUGGGGAAACUGAAGCGCCCUAUUGUCCGCCGAAUGAUAUACGCGAAUAUGGAGCGAAGAAUGUAUGCAAGGAUCUCAUUGAAUUAUUAAAUCAGAUCAAAGUGCAAAAAGCUAUAUUUAUAGGACACGAUUGGGGUGGUCAUAUCGCAUGGAGAAUGGCUGUCUUUCAUCCAGAUAGAGUUAUUUCCGUCAUUGGGCAAGUAUGCAUUGGACUUUGGAUCAAAAAAUGUGUUUUUAUUUGCUGUCCAUACACGCCGCCACAAGAGAUAUUCUUGUCACCCGAAGCAAUUGCAGAACUUGUCCCUAGUCUGGCGUAUCAUGUCUACUUUGCUCAGCCCAAAGCUGAAAUAGAACUGGAUUCGAAUGUAGAGCUAAUCUUCAAAGCCGUAUAUCGUACACAUAAAGAUCUCAUCAAAUUAUAUGAUGGAAAGUCGUUGCUGGGACCUAUAGGAGAAGCACUGAUAGAGGAUAGUCCCCUUAUCAGUAAACAGGAAUUAAACUAUAUAAUCUCUCAAUAUAAAAAGAGUGGCUUCCAUGGACCUUUGAAUUGGUACAAGGUUAGGAGGGUUAAUUUUCAAGAUGAGAAAGGUGCACGAAAACACAUAACUAUACCGUGUCUAAUGAAUUACUUUAUAAAGAUUGUUGCCAUGAACGACCCUAAUGUCAUUCCAGACUUGUUCAAGGAAAUGCCAAAAUAUUUUACUAGCUUAACUAUGAAAUAUAUCGAGGGAUCAGGACAUUGGGUAAUGCUUGAACGUGCAAACAAAGUAAACGAGUUGCUGGGCGAGUUUUUGGAUAAAGUUAAAGUGGAAAAUGGAAAAUCCAACAAUCAUGACUCGCACGAUAUCAAAGCUAAACUGUGA